CGAGCAGCCCCCCGGGCCCGCGCCAGGCCGACUGUUGCGAAACGUGGCGGAGGCGGAGAGCCGAGGGGAAAGAGAAGACCGCGGGAUUUGAGCCCUUCCGCAGGGAUUGAGCGAUUCAAGGACAUCUCGAAAAAGAAAGCCUGGAAACUGAGCCUGCUCUGGGACUCCUGACAGGGCUGGGACAAAAUUCCUUCUUCCUUACAACCCCAGUCCCAAUCUGCUUCCUUCCUCCUUCUUCUCCCCUCAAACUCGGCGAGUGAGGAGCGCAGCCAGACUCUACCCUAACCCUUUCCCCAGCUCAGGCCUUCUCUCCUUAAGCCCAGACAGAGAAACCUGAGUGGACCUAGGGGGUGAGGUGGUGAGGGGGUCUCCCGGAGGGAAAAAAUCCGCCAGAGUUUUCCAGACCUUCCAGAUCCCCGCCAGCGCCCCCUCCAGCGCCUCCGCCAGCGGGGGGGCAGGAGGGGGGCUUCUCCUGGCAGGGGCGGGGAUUUCCUGGGGAGAGGCAGGCAAGAAAGAAUAAGACUUGGGGCUAGGGGAGGGGGUUCGGAAAGGGGCCGAAUGGCUGCGGAGCCCCUGGCCACAGGCUGUGAAGGUUGCCCAGGCGCCUGACCUGCCCACCUCCCCCAUCCCCCACCCCCAGCCAGGUCCUUUACACGCCUCCAAAUAGCUCAGAAAUUGCUCUCCUGUGGACCUUCUGUAUCUAGGUCCCUGGAAAACCUGUUCCAGAGGCAUUUUCCAAAAAGGGCACAAAACAGGCCUUUUCCUCUGCCAUGCUCAUAUAUUUGUGGAAGCUUGAAUCUUGCUUCUUUAUGCCCUCAAUUAACAUCUAUUUUCUAUCUCAAAUAUCUGGCAAAGGUACCACAUGAGGAUCAUGCAUAGGGAUACAGAGCAGUCCUCCAAGCCCAUUGUGUCUGGUUACACACACACACACACACACACACACACCCAAACACACACACACACACACACACACACACACACACACACAGAAUUGCCUUUUGCCACUCUGGAGUCCAAACAUGGUGAGGUCUACCCAACUCCCCCUGUAUCCUCACCUCCAGGAUCAUCCCAGAGUUCCCAGGACUCUCAGAUUUGUGACCCUCAACCCCCCCUAUCCAGUUCUGCCUACCCAGGACCCCUUCUUCUCUGGACAUCCUGUCCACCUCUCCAGGGACUGGGUUCACUUCCCCAUGCUGACAGUCACCUCCUCAGCAGUAGCAGGGCCUUGGGGCCUCCAAGGAGAGGGACUUCAACACUUAGUUUAGAGAAACUGAGAUAAAUCCCCUGGGAUCUCCAGCCUGGGCAGAUUCCACCCCCCCCCCCCAAAUCUCCUUCCCUCAGCCAUUUUUGGAGAUUGAAAGGCUCUGGGGGUGGGGAGGACAGAGAUAUCCGUUAGUUUUUGUAUCCUAAAUGAGGCCUCAUCUUUUCUUAAAAUUAAACACAAUUUAAAAGGCCAUUUCAAGGGUUUGUUGCAGGAACAACCAGCUUCUCCUCUACAUGGUAGAAAAUCCAGCGGUCUGAAGGCGAGCCGAGAAGCCAGGCUGCAAUUCCUCCAAGUAGGCACCAGGUGUCGCUGUGGGCUCGUUGUCCCGGCUACCCCCCAAUUCCAAGAACCAUUUUUUUUCUCCCCCUUCUCUCUCUUUCUCUCUCACUCCCUCUCCCCCUUGGUUGGGCUUUGCCAACAUAUCAAGAUGCGUUUCGCCGGCUUCCAUCACUAACCUCCCGGAGGUCAUCAAGCCAAAUUUAUGAGUGGCCGCUCGAGUCACGUGACUCUAUUUAAGGCUCCCUUAUUUGGGAAGAGCGCAUAGGAUAAAGAAAGAGAUAUCUCCACCUAUAAAUUGUGCACUUUGGAGAACAAAAAAACCCUCAACUUCAAAGAGUCACAAAUCACCCUUAAUCAAAAAGGGUGCAGAAAUUUUUUUUGGGCCCUCCCCGCCAUGAGCUCCUACGUAGCCAAUUCAUUCUAUAAGCAGAGCCCCAAUAUCCCUGCCUAUAACAUGCAAACUUGUGGGAACUAUGGAUCGGCCUCAGAGGUGCAGGCAUCCAGGUACUGCUACGGUGGAUUGGACUUAAGCAUCACUUUCCCACCGCCUGCGCCUUCCAACUCUCUCCACGGGGUAGACAUGGCUGCCAACCCCCGGGCUCACCCCGACCGCCCCGCCUGCAGCGCCGCGGCCGCUCCGGGACACGCUCUGGGCAGAGAUGAAGCGGCUCCUCUGAACCCCGGGAUGUACAGUCAGAAGGCGGCUCGCCCAGCGCUGGAGGAGCGAGCUAAGAGCAGUGGGGAGAUCAAAGAGGAGCAGGCGCAGACAGGGCAGCCCGCCGGACUGAGCCAGCCACCGGCCCCGCCACAGAUUUACCCGUGGAUGACCAAACUGCACAUGAGCCACGAGACGGACGGCAAGCGGUCCCGAACCAGUUACACGCGCUACCAGACUCUGGAACUGGAAAAAGAAUUCCACUUUAACCGCUACCUCACUCGCCGCAGGCGCAUAGAGAUCGCCAACAACUUGUGUCUCAACGAGAGACAGAUCAAGAUCUGGUUCCAGAACCGCAGGAUGAAGUGGAAGAAAGAUUCCAAAAUGAAAAGCAAAGAGGCCCUUUAGAGGCAGCGGGGAGGCCCGCAGAUAGCGCCCUGAGCCCGCUUUGGUCCCUGCGCCUUUCCUUUUCGGUUUUCCGCUCUCUAUAUUUUGGGGCAAGGGCGGGGGCUGCAGCACCGGCUCCGGGGCCUCACAGACAAAAGCGCUUUUCCUUGGCAUUCCGCAUCCCCACCGACCCCAGGUUCCCGCGGGGCUGCCCGCGCUGCCCGGACUCCCCUCAGUUCUGCUUAGCACCGGGGGGGCCCAGGGCAAGCUCCGCAGGGGCUCUCCAGAGGGCUGUGGUAUAUCGGCUGGUGCCGAAGGAACCCUGGCCUGGGCCGCCUCUCAGGCUUCCAGCCCCAGAGCGGCCUGCCGGAGUUAAGGUCGGCCUUGCGGGCGCCCCAGGCCCCGCGCCCCGACCCUCCAGCCUCCCCUCUCCUUUGUUCCUGGCUUAGGCUGGCCAGGCGGCUGCGGGCUGGCGAGAGUGGUUGUGCCUGGCGGAGUCCGGCGCCAGACUCGGGGUGCUUCGUUGUAGCGACUAAACUCCUUGUUUGGUUUUUAAAUGAUUUGCAUAUGAAAGGGGGGAAUGACUGUAGGUCCGCCUAGGGUCCCCUCGGUUGCCCUCGGCUCUCCAAACCUUCUCCCCCAUCCCUAAGCCCGGUAACCUCUCCAGCCUGCGCCCUCUGCAUGUCCUCUCAGGUCCUCCCCACCCCACCCCCGCCGCAGACCAUUAGCUAGCUCAACUAUUGGGGUUCCUUGCCACUGGACCCCAGCAAGCAGUCCUAGAGGCUCCUGGCUGCCCAGUAGUCCCUGCCACGACUUUCUGUGCCCUCUUGCCCCCUCGCUGUUGUCCAACUAUUUAUUGACUCCAGGUCUUUCCUGAAACUAUAUUUUGUCAUAUCAAAUAAAGACAAAGAGAGAACAGGA